GGCUGCUUAAAUUAAUGUUGCCCUUGUACUGAACAUACAACACAGAAGCAUUUGGUGCAAGAAGAGAAGAUGGCAGCUGCAGGUGCAACUCUGGAGUAUGAUCGGAUGAAGGAGGUGAAAGAAUUCGACGAUUCAAGGAUUGGCGUCAAAGGCCUUGUCGAUUCUGGCCUCUCCACCAUCCCCAGGUUCUUUGUGCACCCACCUGAUAGGCUCUCCACCUUGUCUCCUUCUUCUUUCCUUUCUGUAGACAUCCCAGUUAUCAGUCUGGCCGGCAUUAAUUCCAGUCGUCGAGCAGAAAUAGUCAAUGAAAUCCGAGCAGCAGCCGGUAUAUGCGGUUUCUUCCAAGUCGUCAACCAUGGUGUUUCACAGAAGAUCCUCGGUGAGACGACCAGCGCCAUCAAAUCCUUCCACGAGCAGCCGGUGGAGAUGAAGAAGCAGUACUACGGUCGACAAGAAAGAGGCAGCGUUGGGUAUGCCACCAAUCUUGAUCUCUUCCGGUCCAAGGCAGCCAACUGGGGACAUACACUCCAGGUGUGGACUGGACCAAACCCACCUGAACUCGACCAAAUUCCGGCCAUAUGCCGGAAAGAAGUGAUGGCAUGGGAUGAGAACGUGAAGAGACUGGCUGAGACAGUGAUGGAAUUGUUGUGUGAAGGAUUGGGCGUCACACCAAGUAAAUUGAAGGAGCUCAAGUGUUUAGAAUCAAGGGCAAUGGUGGGUCACUACUACCCCUAUUGCCCGCAGGCAGAUCUGACAAUGGGAUUCCCACCUCACACUGAUCCAGGAGUACUAACGGUGUUGUUGCAAAAUGAGAUCGGAGGGCUGCAAGUGAAGCAUGGAGAGAAAUGGGUGGAAGUGAAGCCCCUGCCCGGAGCUCUGGUCAUUAACAUUGGAGACUUUCUACAGAUCUUGUCUAACAAUGAAUACAUGAGCGGGCAGCAUCGUGUAUUGGCCAACCGUGUCCGAGAGCCACGAAUCUCUAUAGCUGUUCUAAUCAAUGUGGAUAAAACAGAAAACUCAGACAGUUAUGGACCAUUGGAAGAGCUGCUGUCACCCGAAAAACCAGCCCUCUACAGAAAAUUUACAAUCGAAGAAUUCGAAAACAAGUUCUUUACCAAAGAGAUUGCUGAUAAGCCUCUGAUAGAUUUCUUUAAACUGUGAGGAGUGGAGCUUGGAAGUGGAAAAGGAAACUGCUACCAUUUUUGACAAAACCACAUCUCAUCAUAUCUACCAUACAAUCUAUGUGCAAUAAUCAAAUUAUUGGUUUUCAUUCUUGUCUUAUGUGAUGGAACCUCCUUAAUGCCCAAACUAAUAGACUCGUAUAUACAAA